UCUUCCUUUACCGGUGCAGCAGUCGGGUUAUUUGACCACUUGGGUGAGAUCCGGAACAUGCAGCAGCUAAGGUUGAGGUUUCAGUUCUUUGCAAGUGCCAUUCAGUUCAAUUUGAUGCCUGAGGAACAGUUACUGAGUACCCGUAGAACGUUUAAGAGCAAGUUCAAAGACGCUAUUCACCGUUUGAAACUCAGAUAUGGAUUUGGUCGCCCGUUCAGAAAGCUUGAGUCCAGUCAGGUUGAGGCUAACAAAUUCGCAUUGAUAUGGAAUGAGAUAAUCUUGACGUUUAGGGAAGAGGAUAUCAUCAGUGACCGGGAGGUUGAGUUGCUGGAGCUUCCACAGAACACGUGGAAUGUCAGAGUCAUUCGAUGGCCAUGUUUACUGCUUUGUAAUGAGCUUUUACUUGCUCUUAGCCAGGCGAAAGAGUUGGUAGAUGCUCCUGACAGGUGGCUGUGGUCUAAGAUCAGCAAGAGUGAAUACAGAAGGUGUGCGGUUAUCGAAGCUUAUGAAUGCACCAGACACUUGUUGCUUGAGGUUGUCGACUCACAUAGUGAGGAGCAUUCCGUCGUCACAACUUUCUUUCAACAGAUUGACGAAUGGAUUAAGCUGGAAAAGUUCACGAAAUAUUACAACCUGACCGCACUUCCCCCAAUCUGCCAUGUAUGAGAUUGCCACUCGGGAUUUUUUCAGGGAGAAGAUGACCGGAGAUCAGCUAAGAGAGGAAGGUUUGGCACUUCAUGCUGACCGGAAUAAACUGCUUUUUGAGAAUGCAAUUGUGUUUCCUGAUCCUGGCAAUAAUGAGACCUUUUACCGGCAGGCUCGUCGAUUGCGGACCAUUCUCACUUCCCGUGACUCCAUGAGCAACAUUCCAAAGAAUCUUGAAGCAAGGCGUCGGUUGGCCUUUUUUAGCAACUCUCUUUUCAUGAACAUGCCACAUGCACCUCACGUUGAGAAAAUGAGAGCUUUUAGCGUUUUGACCCCAUACUACAAUGAAGAAGUGAUGUACAGUAAGGAACAACUCCGGACUGAGAACGAAGAUGGCAUUUCCACACUCUAUUACUUGCAAACAAUCUAUGCCGACGAGUGGGAGAAUUUCUUGGAACGAAUGCGGCGAGAAGGGAUGCUUGAUGAGAGAAAAGAGUUAUGGUCAGAUAAGCACAGGCUUAAAGAUCUCAGGCUUUGGGCAUCAUACAGGGGUCAAACACUUUCCCGGACUGUUAGGGGAAUGAUGUAUUAUUACAGAGCGCUUAAGAUGCUUGCCUUUUUGGAUUCAGCUUCUGAGGUGGAUAUCAGGGAUGGAUCACGUGAGCUCACUUCCAUGAGGCAUGGGUCGAGCCCAGAAUUGACACCAUCUUCCAGAGAUUUGAGCAGAGCUGAUAGUUCCGCAAGUUUGAUGUUUAAAGGUCAUGAGUAUGGAACCGCUUUGAUGAAAUUCACUUAUGUGGUUGCCUGUCAGAUUUAUGGCACUCAGAAGGCCAAAAGAGAUCCUCGUGCUGAUGAUAUCUUGAAGCUGAUGGAAAACAACGAAGCUCUCCGUGUUGCUUAUGUUGACGAGGUUGUGAAAGGAAGAGAUGAGAUGACAGAGUAUUUCUCUGUGCUUGUGAAGUAUGAUCAAACAUUAAAGAAAGAAGUGGAGGUUUAUCGAGUCAAGUUGCCUGGUCCAUUGAAGCUUGGGGAAGGAAAGCCUGAAAAUCAGAAUCAUGCUCUAAUUUUCACUCGAGGGGAUGCGGUGCAGACAAUCGAUAUGAACCAAGACAAUUACUUUGAAGAGGCAUUGAAGAUGAGGAAUCUGUUGGAAGAAUUCAAGCAUUAUUAUGGAAUCCGCAAACCAAAGAUUUUGGGGGUUAGGGAACAUAUCUUUACAGGUUCGGUAUCAUCUCUUGCUUGGUUUAUGUCAGCUCAGGAAAUGAGUUUCGUCACUCUGGGGCAACGUGUUUUAGCCAACCCUCUAAAAAUCCGAAUGCAUUAUGGGCACCCAGAUGUGUUUGACAGGUUUUGGUUUUUGACUCGGGGAGGGAUUAGCAAAGCAUCUAGAGUGAUCAACAUAAGUGAAGACAUAUUUGCUGGAUUUAACUGCACGUUGCGAGGUGGGAAUGUAACUCACCAUGAAUAUAUCCAAGUUGGCAAGGGAAGGGAUGUUGGACUGAAUCAAAUAGCCAUGUUUGAAGCCAAGGUUGCCAGUGGGAACGGCGAGCAAGUUUUGAGUAGGGAUGUCUAUAGGUUGGGACAUAGGCUUGACUUCUUCAGAAUGCUCUCUUUUUUCUACACAACUGUUGGGUUUUUUUUCAACACGAUGAUGAUUGUUCUCACAGUGUAUGGAUUCUUGUGGGGUAGACUCUACCUGGCACUUAGUGGGCUUGAGGGUUCUGCUACUUCAGGUCGUACAAAUAAUAACACAGCGCUUGCUACUAUUCUGAACCAACAGUUCAUCAUUCAGUUGGGACUUUUCACAGCUUUACCAAUGAUUGUGGAGAACUCUCUUGAGCACGGUUUUCUCACUUCCAUCUGGGAAUUCAUCACAAUGCAACUCCAGCUGUGUUCUGUGUUCUACACUUUCUCAAUGGGAACACGGGCCCACUAUUUUGGAAGAACCAUUCUUCAUGGUGGGGCCAAGUACCGGGCAACUGGACGUGGAUUUGUGGUACAGCACAAGAGUUUUGCAGAAAAUUACAGACUUUAUGCACGUAGUCACUUCACCAAGGCAAUUGAACUCGGGCUCAUACUGAUAGUAUAUGCCUCCUACAGCCCUGUGGCAACCAAAACCUUCACAUACAUAGCAUUGACGAUCUCGAGUUGGUUCCUGGUGGUUUCGUGGAUCUUGGGUCCCUUUGUGUUCAACCCUUCUGGAUUUGAUUGGUUGAAGACGGUUUAUGAUUUUGAUGAGUUCAUGAACUGGGUAUGGUACCGAGGUGGUGUAUUUUCAAAAGCUGAGCAGAGUUGGGAAAAAUGGUGGGAUGAAGAGCAGGAUCAUUUAAGAACAACUGGUCUUUGGGGGAAGGUUCUGGAAAUGAUUCUGGACCUCCGUUUCUUCUUUUUCCAAUAUGGAAUUGUUUAUCAUCUAGGAAUUGCUGCCGGAAGCAAGAGCAUUGCUGUUUACUUGCUCUCAUGGAUUUAUAUCGUAGUGGCUGUUGGGAUAUACACCAUUAUAGCCUAUGCUCGUGACAAGUAUUCUGCGAGAGAGCACAUAUAUUACCGUCUUGUUCAGUUCCUAGUCAUCAUUCUUUUCAUAAUAUUGAUAGUUGCGCUCCUCCAGUUCACCGAUUUCAAGUUUGCUGAUGUAUUCACUAGCCUUCUUGCCUUUGUCCCCACCGGGUGGGGCCUACUCUCUUUUGCACAAGUGCUUCGCCCCUUGUUGCAAAACACUUUUAUGUGGGGAACAGUUGUUGCGGUGGCAAGAUUGUAUGAGAUCAUGAUUGGGGUGGUUGUGUUGAUACCUGUGGCACUCUUGUCAUGGCUGCCUGGUUUUCAACCCAUGCAAACAAGGAUCCUAUUCAAUGAUGCUUUUAGUAGAGGUCUGCGUAUUUUCCAGAUUGUGACCGGGGUGAAACCAAAGCGUGAUGUCUGAUUAAGAUGACUCCCGAAUCUUGGAAUGAUUGCUGUGUGGACUUCUGCCCUACUGCUCCCCAGUACAGGUUUUCAUAAUUAAGAUUUUUUAUUGGUGUGAGGAAGUACAGAAUGAAGAGGGGUAGAUUUUACCAUUUUCCAUUUGUAGAGGAUUUUACCAUAGAGGAGGCUUAGAGAUACUGCAAUAUAAUUAGUCUGAUUUUUGUUUGUGGAAUGUGAUGAGGGUUCCUCAGAGAUAGAGAGAGAGGUUGCAUGGGGUGAUGGGACCUUCAUGCCACCUUUCGCCUUCUCCCAUGCAUUGUAAUUAUUUUUAAUUAUAUUUUUGUGUAAUCUUAAAUUUGCAAUGCUGUCUGUUAUGUUAUUAUUAUACGAAACCCGCUGUUGUGUUAUUGGAGUGGGUACGGGGUCUGGCCUGAGAAAACAUUAGUAUAUAUAUCCUUGUCAUUCGUUAUUUCUUCAAGAAAAUCUUACUGAAUUUUGGGAAGUUCAUUUAUUUUUGGC